UAAAUUAUAAAGUCAGUCGGUGACUAACUGUUAUCAAACUCGUACAGUUUACAGUUUUACCUAUCAUUAAAAUGUUCAUUAAUAAAAUGAAUGUAUUAACCCCGUUCUUUUUCGCAUUAAACUAUUUAUAGCAUUAGUGUAAUUGUACGUUUUAGUGCAGUUUUAAUUAAACGCGUCCAAGAUGGGUGGAAAGUAUUAUAGUGAUGUACAAAUAGAUUUAAAAUCCCACAAACUAUUAAUGGAAAGUGAAAGCGAGAGGCUACCCCUCUUGGGAAACUCUACCGAAAAGUAUUACGAAAAACCCUCAUGUUUGUCGAAUUGUAGUUCCUCGUCGCUAUUUGUGGUUUAUUUGUUCGGAUUCUGUGUCUUUUUAAUUAGUGGUGCUGCAAUUUUUAGUAUUUUGGAAUCACCGGCCGAAGAACGUUUCGUUGAGAGACUACGGAUGGCUAGGCAAAACUUCCUGGACACUCAUCCUUCUGUAUCUGAUGAUGCGCUAGAAUCACUGAUCACGGAAAUUGUACUCGCCAGUAACAGAGGCGUUUCAGCUACAAGAAACGCUUCAGGAACACCAAACUGGAGUUUCGGUCAAUCAUUAUUUUUUUCUAGCACCGUUAUUACUACAAUAGGUUAUGGACACGUAACACCGUUAAGUAGAAGUGGAAAAAUAUUUUGUGUAUUAUAUGCAACUAUUGGAAUACCAUUAACGUUGGUUCUUCUGUCUGCUUUAGUAGAACGAUUACUUGUACCGACCGUAUGGUUUCUACAAUUUUUAAACUCAAGACUGGGACAUCUUUACCAACCCCUUAAUAUUAGACUUUUUCAUCUUUUUAUAAUAGUGUGCUUUUUCCUGAUAUUCUUCUUACUAGUCCCUGCAGCUAUUUUUGCCACCUGCGAACCGGAGUGGGACUACUUAGAUUCAUUCUAUUAUUGUUUCAUCUCUCUAACAACAAUCGGACUGGGAGAUUACAUACCCGGAGAUUCUCUCGAUCAACCAAAUCGUCCAAUAUACAAAAUAGCGACUGCUGCCUACCUAUUUAUCGGAAUAACGUUUAUGAUGUUAACGUUAGCCGUCUUUUAUGACAUUCCACAGUUAAAUUUGGGGAUGUUAUUUUCAACUUCAAACGAUGUCAAUUCAGAAAAAGUGCGUUUAGCCGGAUCGUCCACGGGGUCACAGUACGGAGCUGGAGGUCUGUAUAAUUCCACAAUAGAGGAAAAUACACACAGGCACGUUGUUCGGGUACGUUCACGUCGCGAUGACAGUCCAAGUCCUGAAGAAUCCGCUCCUAAAGAGCUUAGGCUUCCUUAAGUGUGCACACAUCUGUUGCACAUAAUUGCGAUAACCUAAUGUUUCAUUACACGUUUAUCGUUUUGAUCUCAGAUUUGUGUAAUUUUAUAUUUCGUUGAUUACAUGCACAAAUAAGUCCAAAUUCGAAAAUAGGAUGUAUUAUUAUUUACGAUAGUAAAGUUUCUUGUUACUACCCAAGUAUUGUUGGUAGGUAGGUAGUAUCAAAUGGCUAUCCAUUUUCUGUGUCAUAACCACAUGACAUCACUUUUACUUAUUUAUUGUACUUAAAAUUAUAAAAUAAAGUGUGCUCAAACAUCAGUAGACCUAAGUUGUCGUCUUAUCUAUAAAAGUAUUAACAAUGCUUGGCAAGAAGAAUUACUAAUUCAGGGAAUAUUUUUAGAAAAGUCACAGUAUUUACGAGUUCGUUUUUGGUUUAAAACAAUACGCAUGUUUCUCGAAAGUAAUAAUUUGUUUAAAACAAUCGUCUUGUGCUCUUUGUGAAAAAUAAAAGGAAAAUAUUUUCAAUUUUUUUAGCUUUUUUGUAACAUUACCAGAGAAACGUUGUGCUUAAUGUGAGUUUAUGGUGCUUUGAAUCCUCACCAAAUACCUAGGUAAUAUAUUUAAGCAAAAAAUAACGUAUAUUUUCCAAAAGUAUAUUAUAUAUUUUUUUCAACCUUUACUAUCAAUAUAUCUUCUUCGUAUAUAGCUAUACCUAGCAGAUGUAAUAGAUGUACAAAUGUCAAAUUGUGUGGACCAAUAAAAUGUAUCUCUAA